AUUAUCAUACUUGGUACAGUGGGCAACAGUUUGGUGAUAUUUACAAUGGUACGACAUGGCGACAGAUCAGCGACAAGUUACUACAUCAUAGAUCUAGCCCUCGCCGACCUGGCCUUUAUAACUAUCUCGUUUCCCCUUACGUCCAGUAUGUUCGCUGAUAAAAAUUGGUUGUACGGUGCCUUCAUGUGUAAACUGGUCAAC